UCUACAAACGGCGCGUAGUUUGCGCUUGGUGACACGACUGCAAAAUCUCAAGGUUUACUGUGCCUAUAUUUUCAAGGAAGAUCCCGAAUUAAGACCAUUGAGUUGCGCAACAAUUUGAUGGAAAAUAAAAGGACUGGUUUUAGCGCCCUUGGAUUUCCUUAUCCAUUAUACGUUGUUGACGUUCUGGAUCGAAACUCUUUGGUUGUAGCGGGUGGGGGAGGCUCCGUAAAAACGGGUGUUCCUAAUCGGAUAGAUAUUAUCAAUAUCUAUCGAAAUGGCCUUGAUGCUCGCACUCCCGUUGAUGUGCAGAAAUCCGGUGGUUUGGACACUGGCACAGAAGCUGUUAUGAGUUUGACGGUCGUCAAUCCUGGAGACGGUGGUUUUAUUGCUAGUUUGGAAGGUCAGAAGUGUGUAGAGUACAUUGUACAAUCAAAAGUGAACCUUGUUACCUCACUGCCAAAGUUAUUAAAUGUUGAAAAGCCUGAUUCUACUACAGAUGUCUUAGAGGAAACUAAGUUACGUCACAGAUCAGGAAGGCAUUGGAAGGAUGACAAAGAUUCUAAAUUGAAUAAGAUGUCUACCUCAACGCAGGACUCUGAUAAGAAAGACAAAAAAAAUAGUGUAUGUGAACCAGUGCCUUUAGAAUGGGAAUUAACCAAAGUUCGUGAAUACACACUCAUGGAACAGAUUUCUUGUUCAGCUGAUGAUUCUGGCUCUGAAUCACCAUCGGGAUCUGCACCGAAAAGUUUGUCGGGAAUGCCUACAUGUGUAACACAUGGUGGACCUGCUGGUACUUGGUUAGCUAUUGGUUCUGAUAGUGGAUCUGUCUUUCUUAUCAAUCGUCAUGUUCAACAACGUUUUCUUGACGAAAAACAACUAGGUGAUAGUCCGUAUCAGUCACUGAUUGUAUAUCCAGAUGUUAGUGGUGGCUUGUCAACCGGUGUUUGCAGUAUGGCUUUUUCACAUGCAUAUGCAUCUAAACAGGAUGAUUCUACUUCAUAUCCCCUAUUGGCUACAAUAUGCGAUAGACCUGAUUGGAGUACAUUAAGAGUAUGGUGUACUAAUGUUAGUCUCCAAUCAAAAUCAUUUCUAUUUUUAAAUGAUAUUAAAUCAAUACAUUCAACACUGAAUUCUCGUCAACAACUGGUUAAAUUAAAAACUAACACUUCAAAAAGAAAUCCUAGUAAUGAAAGAGGUAUUCGAAUGAAAACUUUCCUAUCAAAUUCAGACAAUGAUAAUUCAUUUAAAAUUCAAGAUGAUAUUUUAUUCAGUCAAUCAAUGGAAAAAUAUCCAUAUGCAAUUGCUUCUUGCAGUUCUUUGUCAUCUUAUGGAACUACACCACCACCUUCACCGAAUCUUGUAUCUACAUCGAAUAAAGUAACAUCAGAACGUUCUUCGGAUCGUUCUAAUUAUCGCUUCAGACAUUGUCAGUUUAUGAAAUAUUCUCACAAAUCUCCAAUUUCAUCGAAUCAAUCUUUAUCUUCCUCUGAAGGUUUAAAGACCAGUGAAAUUUAUACUGUUGAAUCUAUGCUUGUUACUACGAUUCAGCCUUUGUGUGCAAAUCGUCGGAGUUUUAGUCGUUUAGUUGUAUGGUCAGUACCGCAUCCUUCUGAGGCGACAACCUUUGAAUCGUUAUCGUCAAAUAAUAUAAAAAUGCAUCAACCAAUUCAACUCAACACUUUUGCAGAAAUUACUCUUCCUCAGGGACAUUUACCUGCUUGUCUAGCUGUUCAUCCAAGUCGAUCACGAGGCUUAAUUGGUGUGGGCACUAUGGAAGGACGUGUUGAUGUGUAUUUUUUAUCACCAUCAAAUCAUUGUUUAGUCAAUAUUUAUACAUUAAAUAAUGCUCAUCCAAUAUUUGUUACUGCUUUAACUUUCUUACGAGAAGAUUCAUGUGUAUUAGAUAGAACAUCUAAAAAAUCUAUAUCUCGUUUUCCAUUAAAAUCAGAUUCAUUUGAUUUAGUUAGUGUAAGUGUAGAUCGUCUUGUAAAAUGGCAUCAUGGUCCAACCUAUUCAAUUGUUGGUAAAUUAUCCCAUGGUAUUAUUAAUAUAAAUAAUAAUAAUAAGAAUAAUGUUAGUUUAUUAAAAACUAUUAUUAAUUUAAAAACAUGUACUUAUGUAUUUUGUUUAUUCAGUAUAUUAUUUUUACCAAUAUUAAUGGUAUUUCUUGAGUCUAUGUUAUCUAACUUUUAUUAGUUCUUCUAUUUUCUUUUACUAGUUGAAAUUCUUUUUUGUUUGUUUGUUACCUGUUGAUUUGUUUCCUUUUUUGUGUACCGCUGUUCAUCGAUUUCAGCUCUCUCCCUCUCUCUCUCUCUUUAUAUAUAUAUAUAUAUAAACGUGUAUAUUUUAUCAGGCGUAGUUUACUUCGAUAUGACCGAUAUGUCUUUCAUUAGUCCAAUUCAUCUACUCAUUUAUUCUCUUAUUCAUCUUUUGACAUUAUACAAUUAGAUAAUAAAAUUGUAAUUUCAUUUUACCUCAUUUGUUUCAUACUUAAUUACGCCUGUUACUCCUCGUGAAGGAGUAUAGGCCAGUUACUAGCAUUCUCCAUCCAACCCUGUCCUGGGCAAUCUUUUGCAGUUCCUUCCAGUUGUUAUUUAUCCUUUUCAUAAUUAUAAAUAAAUUAUAUAUGCAUAGAAAAUGAUGUACUUGUAUACCAUGUACACAAUAAUCUUUAUGAUGUGUGUGUGUGUAUUCUUUGUUCUAGAUCAUCUAAACAUACUAUCCAUUGAAUAUUUAUCGUUCCUGUUAAUAAUUGCCUUUUAUGGUUUCGGUUACUGAAUGUUUUAAUUGAUUGUAGACAUAAUUAAUUAAUUAAUUAAAUGGAAGUGAAUAAUGUAUGGGUGUAUGUGUGUGUGUGUGUUUGUAUGUAAUACAUAUAUACAGUCAAUCACUUGAGAACUAAAUUGAUUUCUUAAAAGCUUGUUUUUUUUCUCUUCUAAUUCAGAUUAAAGGUUGUUUGUUUGUUUGUUUUCACAAGAAAAAUGUUUACUUGGUUUCAUUCAAUUUUUAUCAAUCCAAAUGAAUCAGUAGUAUCAUUCAUUGAUUAUUAUCAAUUUUGUUAUUCUUGCUAGUUGAUCAUUAUUAUCAUCUUUAUUGAUUUCGUUAUAUUCACUUCUCUUCAAAUUGUACUUGUUUUUUUCUUUUCUUUCUUUCUUGUCUUCUUUCAUCUUAUUCCACAAGUAAUUCAAUGUUUAUUAUUAUUAUUAUGAUGAUUGAAACUAUUCAUCUUGAUGAGUUAUGUUUUGCAAAAGCUUAAAAAUUAAUAAAUAAACAGAAUAGAAACAAUUUCCUUCACUUAUCAGACUAGUUUAUAAGAGCGUAAAAUUUUAGUGAGUAUUUCCCCCCCCAUUCUAAUUUUUCUUCCUCUUUUUUCUCCCCCGUCUCUAUAAAACAGCAUUAUUCAUGAUUUAAAUAAUAAAAAAAUUUUUUUAAAGGAUGAUCUGUUUGAUGAAUAUCUAGGCUACUUGUUCCUGUUAUGUAUCUAGAUAUUUUGUUUGUUUGUUUGUUUGUUUGUUUUCAUACAUUAUUAUGUUAAUUAAUUGCAUAAUCUAUUCAAAUGGGUUUAUGAAUAGUUUACAACCUUUCGUUAUAAAAAUUAUAGAAACUUAUAAUCGGAGACAUUAUGAUGGUUGAUAAUAUGUAUUGAAAAGAGUGUAUAUUAUUCAAAUGUUGACUUUUGAAAUCUCAAUAUCCACUUACUUACUUACUUACGCCUGUUACUCCUCGUGAAUGAGCAUAGGCCGCUCAUCAGCAUUCUCCAUCUAACCCUGUCCUGGACAAUCCUUUCUAGCUCCUUCUAGUUGUUAUUCAUCCCUUUCAUAUCUGCUUCUAUUAUCCGACGUAAUGUGUUCUUUGGCCUUCCUCUUUUCCGCUUCCCUUCAGGAUUCCAAGUUAG